AUGUCUAUUUCCGAUUACAAUAAACUCCUCUCUAUCAGGAGCCAUGUAGAUGAUUCCGAUAGCCAACCAACCCCAAGCAUUUCGGACGAGCAGGCCGAUACAUCCGACGAUGAGGGGGCUUUCGGCCCAAUGACACCCGCAGAUAACGAAGGCUCCAAGGCGGCUUUCAUCGAUAUAACAGAGCGAGAGCGAUCCUACGGAGAGCCUGUCGUCACACCAACCAGCUUUUAUGCCAAAGGAGGUGAUAGAGACAAGCCCUAUAGAACUUACGCACUCCUUCUGCGCCGGAAACUCCAGGAGGAUGGCCAACGGCGCUACAACCAGCUCGAGAUACGGUCCAAGUUCAUCCAAAAGGCUCUGCAGAAGCUCCUGGUCAACUAUAGCUACAUCAAUCUUGCCACCACACCGAUUGUUAUCCGUGAGCCGUACGCGGCACUCUUUCAACACCGUGAGGAGAUUCGAGAGUACGCGAAGUCGAAGACGCAAGGCCCGGACCAAAAGGCCCACAUGACCCAGCUGGUGCAAUUUAUGAAUGUUAACCUCGCCAAGCUGGAGAGGGAGUACCAAAUCUAUGCGCCCGAGGACUACGAAAUCACAGAUGACCAGGCUUUGCUAACUCCAGCUCGGUUGAGGGGCUUUUCUCUCAACCACAAGAUGUGGGCCUUCUUCCUCGUAGAUAAGGUGACGCCAAUCAAGUGGAUCCAGAAUCCUCUCCAUCAACUCCAGCUCAAGCAGUCGACCAAGAGUACGAUUGAGUCUCUGGUGUCUCAUCACUAUCGAUCUGAGAAAGAGCGGGACAUGAUAUCGAGAAAAGGCAAGGGGUACGCCCCAACCUCGCUCAACUCCCAAGCCAGUGUUGUCUUGCAGAGGCUUACUAUCUGGGCUGAACCCAUCCUUACAGAAACGAUUGCCGAGGCAGCUCAUUUGCCUCUCUAUUACGUCGGGGCCGGCGAGCUCGAGCGUAACCUCAUGGAUACGGAGCGCAAACUGCAGCGCGUACUCGACCUCGCUCGAGCCUGGAGGGCCAUCGUCCUCAUCGACGAGGCCGACGUCUUCCUCACUAAGCGCAACCUCGACGAUGUCGAGCGCAAUGGCCUCGUGUCCGUCUUCCUGCGCGUACUCGAGUACCACGAGGGCGUCAUCUUCCUCACCACCAACCGUAUCAACGCCUUCGACGCAGCUUUCAUGUCGCGCAUCCAUCUGCGCAUCAAGUACCCGGCCCUCGACGCGCCGACGCGGGCAAAAAUCUGGCAGACGGCGUUGCAGACCGCCGCCGCCGGGGGUGCUGAUCUGGACCAGCUGGACGACGGAGCGUGCGAGGCCCUGGCGGAGAAGUACGAGCUUAACGGGAGGGAAAUCACAAAUCUGGCGAGGACGGCUCAUUCCAUUGCCAGGUCUCAGGGGCGAACCCUCUCGUUGGAGCUAGUGGAGAAGCUGUACCAGUUGAGCAUGUAUGAUACGGAUCCGGCGACAGAUUAG